CCAAGAAAACACAUCGAAACAGCUAGCUACUAGCAAAGUAAGGUAGUUGGAAUCGCAGGUUGCCUAACGGUACCUGUUCUCUGCUCGAAGACACUUGGACAUUUUUGGGGGGAUAUUUCAGAUAAAGAACAUCUGUAGCAAUGAAGUUUCAGUACAAAGAAGAGCAUCCAUUUGAGAAGAGACGGUCAGAGGGAGAGAAAAUCAGAAAGAAGUAUCCUGACAGGGUUCCCGUCAUUGUGGAAAAGGCUCCCAAGGCCAGAAUAGGAGAUUUGGACAAGAAAAAGUACCUUGUCCCCUCUGACCUCACAGUGGGCCAGUUCUACUUCCUCAUCCGGAAAAGAAUUCACCUGAGAGCUGAGGAUGCCCUUUUCUUCUUCGUAAACAACGUCAUUCCCCCCACCUCAGCAACCAUGGGGCUGCUGUAUCAGGAGCACCACGAGGAGGACUUCUUCCUCUACAUUGCGUACAGCGAUGAAAGUGUCUACGGAGAAAGCCAAAGGGAAAUUUAACCCCCUCCACUCCUCCACUCCCCCACUCCCCUUCCACCUUCAUCUCUCAACCCUUUCCUCACCCUUUUCCCUGCCUCCAUUUUAAAUUCUAUUGUAAACCCAGAUUGGCAGCCUAGAGUUCCCAGAGCAAAGACACCUGAUGCACUUUUGUGGUCCUCCCAAUACUCGCAUCUCUCUGUAUAUCCCACUCUUUCUCUUUUAGUUCACUCUGAGUUUAGUCUGAAUGUUAUCUCUCCGCUGCUUCAACACUAUUGGCCAGUGUCAGUAAUGAUUAAGAACAAUCUAGAGGGUCAAAACAACAUGAAGAGCUGCUCUGACUCAGUGUAAGUGGCUGAGUAUGGUCAUCUGGACAAUGCUGUCCAUGUAAUGUGAAUGUAAAGGCAUCGAAACCAACAAAAAUGAGGGAGGAAAAUGAAUCCGGCAAAGGAAAAAUCAGAGUUGUGUACUUUGCACCAGUUUAAUAGUCCGAAACUCUUAAUAGACAUGUAGAAUUGUUUGACUGACCAAGGAUAUCUGAUGGAAAUUUGAAUUAAUUUAAUUUAAUUUACUGCCCCACUAGACAAGCUUUGGUAUUUUUGCCUGUAGCUAGAAAUAAUGAAAGGAGGGUAAAAUUCAGACUAAGCAGCCAUUGAUCUUUCGUUUGUGCUCUGCAAUGCCAUCAUGAUUUAAUAUAAUUAUUAUAUAUUGUGUUUUAGUGGAUAUUUUAGCUUGCUUGGUUGAUGAAGAGUUUUAGUAAGACAUGUGGUAGAUUGAUUUAUGCUUUUUUAAAGAAUGGGUUUGGUUUUUAAUCUUUGUUUUGUGAGUUUUUUUAUUAUUAUUAUUUGAACUCGGCAUACAGCUGCAUUACUGGUAUCUUCCACUUCAUAACAAUAUAAACUAGACAAAAAAUA